AUGGAACCUACAUUGAGGUCCAAUGUUCUGCGCACUUCGUUUUCUCACCCCGCUGUAUCCGAACCUUCUUUCAUCAUCUCUUCUCUUUACGUUAUAAACUCACGUCUCAAAUUUAUAAAUGACUACGUUGAUGAAGUCACUCGAAAGCUAAACUUGAAAUUAUCUUUGGCCGAAUCUAACAAAGCAAUAUGUGAUAAGUGGCCGGACGAAGAGUUCUUUGUGAAAAAGGAUUCAUCAUUGAAGAAAAAUGCUGCAUUCGUUCGCAAAGUGCGUAAUUUCCUUGACAGUCAAAAAAAUGCAAUACUAAGUGAAUUCGAGUCGCUUAAUCUUUCCAAAUACGUUGGGGAAGUAGCCUCGGCAUUAGUGGAAGCCAAAUUCAAAAUAACGGACUUAAAUUUUGUCCUCCGUUUCUGUUCGAUGAUGCACCAGCGUUAUGCUGAAUUUAGCUGUCUUCUUUUUGAUAAAUGGAAACAGAUUUUCACAUCUCUUCGUGAAGAGAAGUCACCAAACAUGUCCAAACUUCGUGUUGAUAUGGUUCUCUAUGCUGAACUUAUAACGAUUAGCCUCUUUCCGGAAACAGAAAGCAUGAGGCUACUAGCCAACCAAUUAACUCUUCUUACCAAUAAUGACCGCGAAAAUUUUAUUAAUCUUGGGGUCAUAUCAAGCUUUUGCAGACAUUGUGGCGACGAUUUUGCUGGAUUGAUUCCUCGAAAGAUUCGGCUAAUCUCAGAAGAAAAAAAGAUCUCGAUUCCUCAUUCUUGCUUUCUUCCCAGCGAGCGUCACGUUAAAUGCCGCGUUCUUUUCUCGGAUUACCUUUGUGCCGCUAAGCAACGUCUCAGAGAAAUAUGCCGUGAAGCUAGCCGUACAUUAGAUAAAAAUCGGAUCGAUUUGACUAUGCGUGGGGAGGUAAGUGAGACGCGACAUGAGCAGGCUGAACUGCUUGUUACUACCUGUCGAAAAUUCUACGAUUCCGUUUCAAUCCUAUCCGAUCUUUUAAAUGAAGAUCCUCCUCCCGAUCUCAUGUCAAUGAUCAAAGGUGUUGACGAAUCUGCUGAGAUUAUGCCGAUGACUGAGGAUGAGAUUUCUAUAGAGGGUGAAACAGUGCUUUUUGAGGAUGAGGAUACCCGAAUAUUUUAUGAAAGCUUGCCUGAUAUCAAGGCAAUGGUUCCACGAAUUUUAUACAAGGAUAGUGAACAAGAGCUUAAGGACGUCGAUAUCCAAUCAAAAGCAGAAGUUGAUUGUAGUGAAACUGUUGAA